AUGUGGGACCGGCUGCGGGGCAGUCGGGCGGCGGGCGGCGGCCGGAGCGCGGCCGCGAUGGCGCAGCGCGGGGCGGAGGGCGGCGAGCGGGGGCCGGCGGAGGAGGGCGGGGAGGGAGAGCCCCGGGCCGGGGCCGAGCGGGGGCCGAACGGGGCCGCCGCGCCCUUCCAGCCUCCCGAGGGCGGCUUCGGCUGGGUCGUGGUCUUCGCCGCCGCCUGGUGCAAUGGCUCCAUCUUCGGCAUCCACAACUCCUUCGGGAUCAUCUACACCAUGCUGCAGAGCGACCUGGGCGAGGGCAAGAAGGACCCCACGCUGGAGUUUAAAACAGCAUGGGUUGGCUCCUUGGCCAUGGGCAUGAUUUUCUUCUGCUCUCCCAUUGUGAGCAUCUUCACUGACCGCAUCGGCUGCAGGACCACAGCAGCCUUGGGAGCUGCCAUCGCCUUCAUCGGGCUCCUCUCCAGCUCCUUCACCAAGUCUCUGGAAGUUCGCUAUUUCACAUACGGCAUCCUCUUUGGCUGUGGCAGCUCCUUUGCCUUUCAGCCCUCGCUGGUCAUCCUUGGUCACUACUUCAAGCGUCGCCUUGGUCUGGCCAAUGGCAUCGUGGCCGGCAGCAGCUGCCUCAUCUCUGUGCCGCUGCCCUUCUUCCUGAAGAUGGUGGGAAAGGCCAUCGGGCUGGCGCACACAUUCCAAGUGCUCAGUGCCUUAAUGCUCAUCCAGAUCUUCUUGUCACUGACAUAUCGGCCCCUCCUGCCACCCUCCUGUGACUCUCAGCACGAUGGGCAGGACAAACUGGGCAGCCGGAGUGUGCGGCAGCAGUGCUGGGCCCAGAUGCGCAAGUAUUUCAACUUGAGGGUUUUCCGGAGAAAGACCUAUCGAAUUUGGGCCUUUGGGAUUGCUACAGCUGUCCUGGGGUAUUUUGUACCAUACAUGCAUCUGGUGAAAUACGUGGAGAAGGAAUUUAAAGAAACCAAAAAGGACUGGAUUCUCCCAGUCUGUCUUGGAGGCAUGUCUGGGCUGGGGCGCUUGAUUUCGGGCCGCAUUGGGGACUGCAUACCUGGGCUGAAGAAGAUUUACCUGCAGGUUGCGUCCUUUGUUCUGUUCGGCAUCAUGUGCAUGAUGAUCCCGCAGUGCCGAGGGUUUGAGGGCGUCAUCGUCAUCUGCCUCUUCCUCGGCCUUUGCGAUGGCUGCUUCACCACCAUUAUGGCCCCCAUUGCCUUUGAGCUGGUGGGGCCCAUGCAAGCGUCCCAGGCCAUAGGGUACCUGAUGGGGCUGAUGGCUGUGCCCAUGACUGCGGGCACGCCAAUUGCAGGAUACUUCAACGAUUAUUUUCAGAAUUACCAUGCGGGUUUUUACUUUGCCGGAGUGCCUCCCAUCAUCGGCAGCUUGGUGCUCUCUGUCGUCCCGCUGGUGCACCAGAGGAUGCUGCAGAAGCAGCGCCUGGAUUCUGGCAAGGACAAGAUGCUGACCCCUGAGGCAGUGGUGAAUGGCGAGCUGCUGCCGGGCUGCCCUGCCUCCGAAGCACACAUGUGAUGUGCCAAGUGCACAAUCGCCACCAGCAUCCUCCACAGCCCAAGCACAGGCCCUUUUCUAGCCAGACUGUAAUUCUCAAUGAUUUCAGAUGCACUACAUUUAUAAAGGACAAGAAAUAGUUCUUCUAGUUGAAGGCUUUUAACUAGCAGAAACACUUCUUCUUGGGACAGUUUCAAUUUUCAAGCCGCCUUUUUUUUCCUCUAACCAUUUUUUCUAAGGAGAACUCUCAUCAGGAUUCAAACUUGAUUAUCUCCCUAGUUUUCUAUAUGUCACGACAGAGGUUUACAGAUAAUAAAUGUAUUUUUAAAGGAGGUCAUAGGUGGAGCUUGUUGCCCCUUCCAGAUGCCCUGUCCCCUCUGGUGUGCCAUGUCCGGGCAGCACAGUCCCUUCCGCAGGGGAAGCAGCUUUGGAGGAGAAAUGGGCAGCAGGACCUGCUUUGAGCUGUUUCUCUCCUUUUCCACUGCAUGCACUCAUGGGGUUGAUGAAAGUAUCCUGCAAAAUCUACCUUAAAAACAUAAGGGGAGACAGGCGAAUUUCUGGGCACCUCUCACCUCCACGUUUGGUGCCUGAAGACUGUGAAGUCCUGAGAAGUGAAACCCACAGGUAGGAUGGAUACAGGAGGCAUGGGAAUUAGGAAUAGCUCAGGAGAGGGCAAGGACUGAAGGUGGCUUCCAUCCUGCCUGCGGAACUGUCAUCCAUCGGAUUUUGCUCCCCAUCACCUGCUGUUAGAAACAGGAGCCUUGUAAAUAGCUCCGCAUCCUGCAUGUCCCUCUAGCCCUUUUGUUUUUUAAUCUGCAUUGGCUAGUGCAUUGUAAGGUCUUGUGGUCUGUGCUUCUGUUCCUUUUGUCCCUGUACAAGCUGGAGAAUAUACUGGUGUGUUGUGAUGUGUCUGUUCCUGUAAGCGAGGCGUCUGUUCCAUUUCCCCUCCUUUGGCUUUUCUGAGUCUGCUUCUGCCUUUCUGCAGGGUGUCAUCUACCACAAAAUCCUCGUUCUGACCAUAGUGCCCCACGAGGCAAGCUCAUGACGGAUUUAAAUGGUAGAAACAUCUUUUGCCCAGCAAUAGGAGAAGGGGUGCUGCCUCAAACACUGAAAUCUUUGCAGAUUUCCACGUGCCUUAAGUGCUUUGCCUGCUCAUAGAGGCCUUUCCAUGGGAGCUCAAUGCUGCACUGGCAUGGGAGCAGUGCUUGAUCAGAUGGAAGUCCUGCCUGACUCAGCAUCCCUGAAAGGUUGGUCUUUUUAUCUGCUUACUAUUGGAGCCUCUUAAUAUUGAAGGCGCUUAGUCCCGUGUCUUGUCUCUGCCCAACUUCAGUGGAAGCGGUACAAUCUCAUACCAUCCUAACUCAAAAACUGUCGACAGCCUCCCCAACCUGCUGUGAGCAUCUUUGUCCAGUUAGGGUCAUGACUUUGAUCAACGUGAAGUCAAAACAAGCCAUUGGUCAAGGCAGGAAAGGCAAUGAAAGGUACAGUCUGCAUGCACAAUUGGAAGAGCAAAGUCUGCCAUGAUGGUAGGAAGCUGUGCACAAUGGGGACAGUUUUGACGUUGGCUGCCAGCUGUUGUGCAUCUAGCUUUUCUCUCGAGUGUCCUGGCCCAGUGCACCCCAGCCUCCUCUGGGCAGGUGAGGCAGGACUAGGGAGAAAAACCUGCCUUGUGCUCCUCUGUAAUGAAAAACCCCAGCUUCCCCCAGUGAGGUGCACUCGUUGCUUCAGGCAGCCACAUGGCCUUAUGCAAGCGUACAUCAAGUGCAGGACGUGCCCCGGCAGCGCUGGCUGGGACUGCCUUCCUAAAUCUUUAGCUUCAGGGUGUUCCAAAGUGAGUUGUUGUCUUUUCUUUUUUUGCCUCUUAUUUUCAUGGCUGGGUGAAAUGCCAGAUUUAACCCCUCUUGCUCUGGUAGGGAAUGAUGCUCCUGCAGCAUCUCAUGAGGCUUCAGGCAGCUCCUGCCUGGGCUCUGGUUGGUCACAGUGGAGCCAGGAAUCCUCCAGCCUUUGCUUCUCACUACUUUCAUGGCUUUCUUAUGCAUCUGUACCCAGCAGAGGUUUGUUUGGGGGUUACCUUGGAUAUUUCAGCUUCCAGAGUUUUCACGUUGGCAGAGUUCACUUCUCCUUGUCCAGCUGGCUGGAGGAAAUGGGGCUGCACUGGAAAGCCCCAGCACACUUGCCAACUCUUUUGGAUGCUUUCUUCCCAAAGCCAGCUGCCCUUUAGCACCAUGUACUCAGCAAGGGCUGCUAGUGCCUGGCCUGCUCCCUCAUGCAGAGGCAUCGCCUGUGUGUUUGCUGGCUGGGAGCAGGGAUGCACAACGGACUUUGCUCUACGCUUAUCGCUGUGCUUUUGCUGGCUCCCCCUACACAACUUUUUUUUUUUGUGGUUUAUUUUUGUUUUGGGUUUUUUUGUUUUUUUUUUUUUGCAAACACUGCAAUGCCCUUAGCACUACAUCAAGGACUUGCCUUGCUCUUGGGUGCCCCCAUUCUCACCCACCUCACGAGAGCAAAGCUCAACCCCGGUGCUGUGUCCACUUGCCCCAGUGGACAUUUUGGUGACCUGCAGGAUGUGGGUUUGAUGUCUGGACUAACAGCAGUUUGGCUCCUGACUUUGUUUACAGCAUCCAAAUCAGGGCCUGGAAAACAAAUCACCUCUGAGCGUGGGCAGCAGGCGGCUCCCAGUAGGCCUCUCUGAGCCGAGGCAGCAAGCCGCUCUGUCCCACCUUCAUCGCCCCUGCAGGGCACAGGCCUCCUCAAGAGAGUCAGUGCAACUCCCCAGUGCCUCUUCCGUCCCAAAAUCUCCUUCCAUGACAUUUGUCCUUAAACCUCUUCCUCGCUGACCUUCCAGCUCUGGCUGCCAAGAGCAGCGUGGUUGCGAGGCACACUGUGAGCAGUUAGUGUCUGUUUUGCUAAGGAAUUAAGCUUUUGUUGUUGUUUUUUGUGUACGUAGUGAGGCAUGGCAUGUAAGAUGAUCUGCUUCCCAGGGGAAGUUUUCAGGUAGCCUAACAUUUGUGUUCAAAGGGGAAGAUGUCUGAGCUGACGCCACGUAUGAGCACCAAGGUGGAGGCUUGAGUUUUAGGGUAAGUAACAAGGCAUUAGGGUCUGUGGCUGAGAGCAGGUGCUUAAUUCAGUGCAGAAGUCAGGCCCAUAGCAAUGCUUUGGGUCAUGCUUUGGCUUUCAAUGAGUAUUUAAGGCACAGCUGGGAAGGGUGGAAGUGCUGCACCUCACAGAACUGGCCUCACAGGAGCUUGUAAGAUGUAGGUGAAGAAAUUGGUAAAACUGAACUCAUAUAAUUUUCCUUUUUAUUUUUUCUUUUUUUUGACAUCUGUUCCUUGUAAGUGAUUUAUAUUCCCUUAAAAUUUUGUAUCUUAAAGUAUUUGAAUGUGUGUCUUAAAAGUAUGACCCGUCCUUUCAAAAUGUGAAUUUCUGAUUGUUGAUAUAUAAAAAAAAGUUAAAAAAAAACAACAACAACAACAAAAAAAACACAAAACCAUCCCAUAUUAGCACUUCUUUUGUAAUGAAUGUUUUAUGAAUGUUGUUU